UCCCGAAUCGCGUGGCGAGGAGGCUCUGCUGCCCGACUGACCGUCCUCGGCGCCUCUUAUACCUUUACUCCGGUCUGCGCGUUCUUCAGGAACGUACGUGCCCGUUCCACGUUCCACUCGAGAGAGCGCGAUACAUAUCCCUCUUUUAAAGAGUACGUUAUAUACAAACAGCCAGCAAACAGACCUAAUUCCUUGGUGGUGCACCUCGAAAUAGUCAAGUCGACUUAAGAGCCGUCGUAGUUUUUGAAAUCGUUUUUGGUUUGUUCACACGUUUUAUUUGCUCCAAUUUGACACGCUCGACAGUUCAGGCAGACAGUGAUAUGGCACAGCUGAUCAGCGUCAAGCUAUCUAGGUUCGAUGGAUCCGCCUGGGGUUUUCGUCUCCAAGGCGGUAAGGAUUUUGGCACGCCGCUUGUUGUGCAGAAGGUUAAUAGCGGUUCUCCUGCGGAAGCGGCUGGUCUUAAAGCUGGCGAUGCGGUUAUUAAAGUCAACACUACUGAUAUGUAUAAUUUAAGGCAUAAAGACGCGCAGGAUGUCAUAGUCAAGGCCGGAAAUAAUUUCGAAAUGACUGUUCAAAGAGGUGGCAGUACCUGGAAACCGCACGUGACGCCCGCAACCGCAAACCUGCCGUCUCCGAUUCAUACCGCCCCCGCGGCUAACGUUGCGCCAGUCACAAAGACCUCUUUGGCAGCGAAGAAACAAGACGGACCUCACAUCGGUGGCGGACACAACUUUAGCCCCAAGCCAUUCCUGAACGGCACUAGCGACGGUCCAAUUAAAUCCAUCGUGAAUAAACAGUACAACAGUCCCGUAGGAAUCUACAGCGAGGAAACUAUCGCGGAAACACUGUCGGCUCAAGCGGAAGUUCUUGCUGGAGGUGUCCUUGGGGUAAAUUUCAAGAAGAACGAGAAAAACUACAAUGCUGAGAACAGCGAGGUUUUCAAAAUGGUCCAGGAAGCGGACAAAGAACCAAAGACCCCGGAACCUGUUCCUUCAAGGACAGAAUUUUACUCCUCCGUGAGCCACGCGGUUGGCGGAAGGGCCACUUCACCGAGGUCACCCACGCCUCUGUUUCAUGCUAUGGGCGGGGGUGGUGGUGCACCUGACGAUAGCAGGCACCUUGUAUUAUGGCCGGAUGAAUCGAGGAAUCAGACACCGCAACAACAAAAGCAGGAAUCUUCCGCCGGGUCGGGGUCGUCGACGCCGGGCGGGGUCGUUUGUAGCAACUGCGACCGAUUGAUCGUAGGUGUCUUCGUCAGGAUCAAGGAUAAAAAUUUGCACGUGGAGUGUUUCAAGUGCUCAACUUGCGGCACAUCCUUGAAGAAUGUCGGUUAUUAUAAUAUCAAUAAUAAAUUGUACUGUGACAUUCACGCGAAACUCGUCGCUAGGCAAAAUGCACCGGCUGGUGUCGUACCUCUCACUAUACCACCAGGUGGCAAAGCACCAGCUAGCACUAUUAGCGCGGCAUUGGCGAAUGCACCUUUAUCGCCGCCUCUCAGCAAUCACGGAUCGUCGCCUCAACCAUUCUCCGCGUGCAAUCGUACGAGUCCCGAUUCCGGAUCUCAGUAUACGUGGCGAUCGACCUCGAAUAUGAACGGAUGUAUCAGAAAUAGCGAAUGCAACGGCGAAUCAAAAACGUUCACGAGCACGAUCAUCAUCCAAACAGGUGGCACAGAGCCUACCACCCGCCUUGGCACCUCGCCCGUUGAUCCACCCAGCUUACGAUCAGUUCAGGCACCAACGAGCAACAAUCUCAUUGGUCCUAAACCCUUCGGUGGAUCGAGUGGUUUUUCAUCAAACCUAUCGCCGACUCCAACAAUAAAUACCGGUAGCAGUACUUUGCCACGUCCUCAAAGCCAGACUGUGACAGGUCGAUACUCUACCCUGCCAAAGCCAAAAAGUUCGCCUUUCAGAGGUACCGGAGUUGGCGGCCUCGGCGGCACGAGUUCCAAGAGCGGAUCGUUCGCCGGUAGCAGUGCGCCCAAACGCGGACGUGGCAUUCUGAAUCAGGCUGUCGGAGCAGGAUCGCGUAUACCAUUGUGCGCUCACUGCAGUUCAUACGUCAGAGGACCCUUUAUCACCGCUUUGGGUCAAAUCUGGUGUCCCGAUCAUUUCGUCUGCGUCAACGCUCAAUGCCGUCGUCCUCUUCAGGACAUCGGCUUUGUCGAGGAAAAAGGACAACUCUACUGCGAAUAUUGUUUCGAAAGAUUUAUCGCGCCCACAUGCAACAAAUGCAACAACAAGAUCAAGGGGGAUUGCUUGAACGCAAUUGGAAAGCACUUCCAUCCUGAAUGCUUCAAUUGCGCUUAUUGUGGCAAACUUUUUGGCAACAAUCCAUUCUUCCUGGAAGAAGGAUUGCCCUAUUGCGAAGCUGACUGGAAUGAGCUGUUUACGACGAAAUGCUUUGCAUGUGGGUUCCCAGUCGAGGCUGGCGAUCGUUGGGUAGAGGCCCUAAACAACAACUAUCACAGCCAGUGCUUUAACUGCACGAUGUGCAAGAAGAAUCUUGAGGGUCAAAGCUUUUAUGCGAAAGGCGGUCGCCCGUUCUGCAAAAAUCACGCGCGUUAAGAUCACAUGCUCUCGAGCAUCGCCAAUGAUCGAUGGGAUGAUGAGAAGAGAAGAACAGAAAAAACAAAAUAAUGAAGAGGAAAUUUAACGAAAAUAAGAAGCGUACAGUGUUAACGCAUAAAUUAUUUUAUCCUGAUUACUUUCUUUUUUUGUGUCUUGACCGAAAUUAUUGCACUAACCUUUUGUCAGAUUCGCGAGGAAUUCUUCAUACAGCUACAAAGAUACAGGAUCAAUUAGGGUGAUUUUGACAAAAAAAAUCUUUAUUGUUAAAUCUGAUGAUAAAUUGUAAUAUCGUUAGAAGUGAUAGUUAUUUAUAGAAUAGAUGUCACAAUGAUAUUUAUAUUAUUCAGAAAAAUAAACAUAAUAAAGACAAAAUCUUUAAAAAAAUUGCGAAUGUAUUAUUAAUAUGAAGUAAUAUCAUAAUAUCAUAAUAAUAUAAUAAUUGAUAUCACAUAAAUUAUUUUCUCCAAUGUCACCGAUCACCCUGAUUAAUUCUACACAAUGCACACAUUUUCACGAGAUACUAAUAAUGCCUCGCGUCGUUCGGCUAUAAGAGAGUUAAUAAUUAAUAUUUAUUAUCUAGCUUAAUUAGAAAUGCGACGCAGGAGACCAAUGAUCAUUUAAAUCCUAAAGAGAUCAACGGAGUUAAAAUCUUCGUUUUCCAAUUUAUGAAGUUUAUUAAUUUAUUAAUUUUUUUUUUUAUUUAUAAACACACAAUACGACACAACACACAUGCAUACAACACACAUUCAAACGGUAUAUAGUUUCUUUUAAUCAAAUAUUCCUUGAAAGACAUUCGUCAUUAUAUGUAAUUAUCUAUAAACAUCGCGCAGCUUGCGCUAAAAUUUUAUUCGUGCUUUGUAAAGUUAACGAUCUUGUGUCUAUAAAGAUGUGUUUUGGUUUUCA